AUGUAGAAAGCUGCCACUGCAAGAAACUCCAGUCACUUUUAAGCUUAGCUGCAACUAUUAAAUUUUUUGGUUUUACUCAAAUAAUUACCAAAUAUUCUCUUACAGUAGAUGUAUGAAAACCAGUGGGUACAAACUGACACUUUUGAUAUGAAAAACGACACUUGUUACUGUUGCGCAUAUUGUAAUCCAACACCUAUGCUAAUGCAACGAGUAGAAUAAAAGCCACCCAAUCAGAAAAACAGUGUGGGUGAAAGCCACAGUAGAUUUCCUCUGCACUGAGUGUUAGACCACUUUCGAUGUGUCAGCUUGAACCUUGACGUUACACUCAGACUAAAACCCUGCGAUGCGAUUCAGAGCCUCUGAUCUGUAUUUUGAAGCGUACCCACUGAGGGGAUGUUUCGAUCGGUUCCUUAUUUUCUUUAUUUCAGCAGAAACGCAAGUGCUUUGAGAAUGAUGCAAAGAGGCUUUAUUUUUCUACUGAUUAUAUGGAACAUACCAGUUUUUGCUGCAGGACACACCACAAAUCACCUUCAAGUCAUGCUGGGAUGUCGAGCCGUGAUACCAUGUCAAUGGAACAGAAGUGACUCAACCUCUUUGAAGUGGUUGUACAAGAAAGAUGAAUAUAGCAAAAAAAUCGAUUUAUUUGUUAAAGGUAAGAAAGGAGUACCACGCUAUCAUGAGCUUUUUCGGACCAGAAUGACGGUGCUGUCCAACGGUUCCCUGCACAUUCAUCAUCUAACAGAUGAGGAUCAAGGCAUUUACUGGUGUGAAAUUUGUUUUCAAGACGAUUGUUCGGAUAAACAGAUCAAAACUAUUCUGAGCAAAGCAAUUCUGAAAGAAACUUAUACAACAAUCGACGUUGCUGCGGGCAGCAAUUUUACUCAUCCCUCCUGUCAAGGUCAAUUGACGGAGUUAAAAUGGACUUUUGAAGCACGUAACACGAAUUCAAUACAAAGACUGGAAUCAGACAUUGUGACUUCCAACAAAUCUAUACACAUUGUAAAUGUCGAAAGAGCAGAUGCUGGGAAAUAUACGUGCUGGUCAAGUCGAUGUGAUGGACAUUGGCAGAAGCUACUUACUAUCAACUUGUGUGUAUUUACAGUACACAGUGAGGAGUCCCCUGUUUCUUGUGAUAUGCUGUGUGACAUGGAUUUCAGUGACAUCAAACCCAACGACGCAUCAAAUGUGAAGACAGAAACGAGGACGGUGACUGUAGAUCAGUAUGGGUCUUUAAACUGCAGCACAAAGCAGGUUUUUGAUAGAAGCCAUUCAGUUCACAGCACUCAACGACCAUUAAAAGCUUUAAAUACAACAACAGAUACACCUACAGAGCCUGGAAAUCAAAUUCUUAUUUAUGGAACAACUGCAGCAGCCCUUAUGUGUCUUAUUUUAAUGGUACUUUUAAUUUGCUUCCUUAGACCAAGAUUGCGAGCAGGUAAUGAAAUGCAGCUCUUUGUCUUUUUAAACUUCCUGUUUAACGCUUGCUCAGUGGUCUCAUGUUGGCUGUGGGUCCUGCCUGAUUCUGUUUCUAUUUCCAUCUCUUUAAGCGUUUCCUAUUCACCCGUGUUGCUGUGGCUUCAAAGGAACGGCAGAAGAGGAGACUUCAGUGAUUUAUUCAUCGAUUGUCAUCAGGAGACCUGCCGAGAAAACAGACGUCCAUAUGACUUACACUGAAUGUUUAUAUAGUGAUUUGAAAUUUGAGAAAAAAGGGUCUUAAAUCAAUGAUGGUUCCCACCCCCACUCAUCAUAUGAUGAAGUAAUUUAUUACUCAAAAAAAUGACUUCUCUGUGGUGGUGAAAAUUGUUUGUGAUUUCACCCACGCAGAUCUCAAGGGAAAGUUUGAAGCAUUGGAUCUUUUCUGAUUAGGAACUUUCCUAUUUGAGUGAAGUGACCCAUAUGAGCUGUCUGCACAAUAAUAAAAAAAAAA